GAAGAAAAAAUUUAUGCUAUUGUCCUAGAGAAAGUUUUUGCCAAAGUUCCCAAUAUGCCUAAACAUCUUUCUCACCGGCUGGUCUCAAAAUUUAAAGAGUAUUUAAACUAUAGAGGGGUUAAGAUAACUUCUGACUCCAAUGUGAUUGAUGAGUUUGUCAGCAAGAUUUCCUACAAAGGAUCAAAUGGAGAUAAGAUGGGAGCCAAGUCCUUGCCACUGCCUCCAGCCUUGCCCCAGCCUCCCAGUUCAGUAACUACUUAUCCUAUAACAAAUGAGAGAGAUGAACCACCUGAUACAGCUGAACCACCUGAUACAGCUGAACCACCUGAUACAGGUGAACUACCUGAUACAGCGGAACCACCAGAUUCAGCUGAACCACCAAACACUCCCCAUGAAACUUGUAACCGGGAGCAGCCUCAUGACCAAUCUGAGGAUAAUCCACGCUCUGAACAACUGUCCCCGACACAGAAUGACUUAUCAGAAGUUAUUACUACUCGUGUUAUUUUGCGAGAGCGGAACAUGAAGUUCCCAGGGUUGUUUCCUACUAUUUCUCCCAAUCCUACAGCAUUAAAUAACAGAAAGACAAUUUUAGUUUGUGAUCAACAACAGCAGGGGGCAUCAUCUUCCUCUCACAGUAGUGCCAGCUUUUUACCAGGUGAAGACUUACAGUUUAAAUUGGUAAAUCGGGGCAUUAAAGAUAAUCCAAAUUAUUUGGGAGAGUCAGAAGGUUCUCAGAAUGAUCUAAGAGAUCCUCUAUUGGAUAGCAUUUCCAAGAAGUUAAACUGUGACUUCAGUACAUCAGUUGGUAUUUCUAAACCCAGUGACGGCAAUGAAUUUGAAAAUCUUCCUGUAAGUCAAGCAUCAAACUUACAUGACAGUUCUACCGGUGACAACAAUGCACUUGAAACUCUUCCUGAUAGUCAAGCAACAAACAUAAAGGACAGUUCCACCAGUGACAGCAAUGAAUUUGAAACUCUUCCUGUAAGUCAAGCAUCAAACUUAAAUGACAGUUCUACCGGUGACAACAAUGCACUUGAAACUCUUCCUGAUAGUCAAGCAUCAAACAUGCAGGACCAUUCUUCCAGUGAGGAUAAUGCGCUUGAAAUAUCUCCAGAAAUUCAAAAAUCAGAUACUCAGGACACUUUAUUUGUUAAAUCAUGUUUACAAAGAAAUACACAUGUUGAUGAGUCAGGCAGAAAGUUUUUGCUAAAUCCAUCAAAGGCACCAGCUCGGAGAUUCAGUGCCAAUCCCAUUGAUGAGCGCGUAAGAUGUUGUAAAGUUCGUCGGUCUGGCUCUUUUCCUGUAUAUCUGUCUACCAUGGGUCAAAUUUCAUCUAAAGCACCUUCCAAAAAUGAUAUUUUGACCUCACCUUUAACUGACCCAGCGCUGCCUGAACUUGCAAAUAAUCUCAGAUCUGUCUGCGUACCUCUGGCAAAUGAGGUGGAAAUGGGAUUGGAAGUUUGUAUACCUUCAGCCCCCUAUAUCACACAAGACCGCCCCGUCCUGUCUUUAAAAGAGGUCAUCUACCCUUCCCCAUCUAUUUCUGACAAAGACCCGAUCCUGAUCACAUCGAGCGUUGAUUAUCUCGUCUCAGGUCACGCAGACCUUGAAGUUGACAUCGCUGGCAAACCUGAUGACUCCCACCUGCUUCAUGUGGGGAAGUUUGAACCACCAGAUGAUGCUUUUGAGCAAGAGACAGGAAUCAUGUCCGAAGGAAGAGACAAAUUAGAAAUGGAGCAAAGGAAAAGCAAAAGGAAAAGUAAGAAGAAAUUCAUGAGAGACUUGGAGUCAACAGUUUCUGCUGGUUUGACAAAAAACAAAAAUGUGCUUUAUUCUACUG